GGUCUCAUUCAAGUAAUCGAGGAGACAGCCUUGCUGUACGUAUCUUGGGCCCUCUCCGUUCAUGUAAAUACCUCAUGCGCCCAGCAUCUCUUGGCCUCAGCGGCACACCUGAUCGCUUCGCAUUCUCCCAUUCCCAACCACUCGUCAACGUCGUCCCCUUGCCCGUCCUUCUCUUGCUGCCACCGCUCGGCUCAGACCGGUUUCGCCUUGCAGCAUGUCGCGCUUGUCCCAGAACAGCUACUAGCUGGUAGUAGUACAACCAGACCUCAGUCUCCCAAACAGUUUCAAUAUUCGACGUAGGCCGAGCUUGUUCUGUAUGAGCACUGCUGCCAUCCGCAUCCACACGAUUCCACCCACUCGCACCAAAGUAUUCCGAGCAGAGAGUUCUCGUUCGAUUGUACGCGCCAGCGCACUCGUAGGCGGCUACCUUCACACCGAAGCCCAUUCACCCGCUCAUGGAGCCCUUCUGGCCCUUCCACUCCAUCGCUGGGACCGCCGCCUCGGCUGCGGCCGCCGAAACCAGAGCGACCGUUGGCGCUCGGCUCAGCGCAGUCCAUGCUGACGCUUCGUCGUGGCGCCCCACGAACGCGGCUCGAUCCCGUCACUCCCGGACUGGCUCAGACCCAGGCGCCGCCCGUCGUCGUUCCGCCGUCGCGGUUAUCGUUGCGCUACUGGCAGUGGCAGUAGUCGCAUCAUGCGCGGUCGUCGCGUUGGUGGGCUCUGGGCACCGUGCCGGCGUUCUUGGCAGCCGCUUCAGCAUGCUCCGCAGAAAGUUGCGAUCAUCCAACUCCGCUGCGACGAUCGCGACGGAAUCAACGACUCAUAUUGGUCGCAGCACGGCGACAGCGACAGCGACAGCGAGAGCCGUCGAUAGCCACUGGAUUGAGCAUGGAGCCCGUCCCGAGGACCCGCCCUCCGUAUCGGACGCGGCGUUGCUGCGGCAGAGUCCGUAUGUGCGGCGACAUGUGAUCGACAUGCGGUCCGAGUCAUCGUGCAAGAUCGUCAUGCCUUCUCCGGAGAUCUCCGCGGAUGCUAACCCAUCGAGUGCCCCUUUCGCGGCGUCGCUCGCCCGCUUCGCCAACUCAACGGAGCGCGUGCUGCUCGUGAUUCCGCGCCACGGACUCGGGAACAGCCUGCGCGGCUUCGUCUCGGCCUUCGUCUUCUCUCGCCUCUCCGGCCGCCGCCUCAUCCGCUUCCAUGGCGGCGCGCAUGGGAAGGUCCUGGACGCGCUCUGCGCCGCGUUUGACUGCGGGUUUGAUGCGAUUCGGGGAGGCGGCGCGGAGGAAGAAGAGCUGCUGGUUUCUCCGGGGAAAAACGGCGCUCCCGCUGGCGGGAAAGGAAAAGGGGGACUCGGCGGAGAGGCGGCUAUGCGCGCCGUGUUGAAGCGGCUCAACUUCGUCGACCUCCAAGCACAGGGCCGCUCGCUGGUGGUCCGUCAGUCUAUACCAUCAGCCGCACCUCUCGUUCUCACCCACAGCGCGCGCAACUUUGAUGGUUUCUGGCGGCACUACCCCGCGGUCAAGCGCUGCGUGGCGGCAGCAUUCAAUUGCAGAGAGGGCGAUGUGUGGUGCGUGCACUCCCACGCGCUGCAACAGCUGCUGCCCCGACCUUCUCCUUCUCUUUUGUCUGUCUUACAAGCGGUGGUGCGGCGCCGAAGGCAUAUGGGAGGAGCUGGUUCUGUGGCAGGCGAAGACGUGGGUAGCGACUUGGCACAGGCAGGCUUUAUGUUUGACAUUGCUCUGCACUUGCGCACGCGGCCCUCGUCUAUUGAAGGAACGGGUGAAGCUGGCACCAGGCGCAGCAGCAGCAGGGGAGAUGAGAGCGCACAAUUGAUCAAAGAGCUGGCACAUGUGGGGUGUGUUGACAAUGAUGACACUGAGAAAAAAGUUGCCCAGGCGAAUGCAUCCAGUGCGUUCCUUCAGCGCUGCCUCUGGUCGUGCCUUGACAGUGCUAUCCGUGAGGUGGCAAAGCAGCAGGGGAAGCCCAUUGCACCCCUUUCUGAUGGUUCCAACUCUUCCCCUUUUCGGCCACUCUCCAUAUUCUUGGCCACUGACAGCGAGGAGUUGAGAGGCGAGUUUGUCAAUCGCCUAUCAGCCUACGGCGACGUGUAUUACUCAACAGGUGCUGUUGUGCACUCCGCUAAGACUGCUGUGAAAGUGAAUGAUCAAAGGGGGGAAGGUAAUGUAGCUGCUAACUCGUCAGGCGUGACCACUACAACCGAGUACCCUAGUUCCACAGAGCCUGAAGCAGGUGGCAGCAGUUUCAGCAGUGCUACUGGCAGCCCCAAGGGAAGACUCGCUUGGAAUUUGCCAACGAUGGGGGAGUUUUUCCUGUUGAGUAGAUCGCAUACCAUCAUUGAGGCUGGUGAAUAUGUAAGCUCCUUUGCGCAUCAAGCUGCCCUGCUAGGCAACGGCACAUUGGCAGGAAUCAAGUGGGGCAGGGAUGGAAAUGGAAGCUGCUCAAUUAACGUGGUGCAUCAAGCGCUUUAGCUGGACUGAGCUGUAAAAUACGACCUUAAUAAUGCGUGAAGGAUAUGCAAUGCAUCUGUUUGGAUA